GUUGCCAUCCCUCUUGCUUCCUUGUUAACCAGCAACAUAAACCAUUAAUCUUCUAUAUAUUCUGGGUUUGAUUCAAGUUUGAAGUUAAUUAUAAGAAGCUUUAAUUACAGAGAUAUAUCAAAAGGUGGUACAUAUAUAGUACUGGUGCAAGACUAGUGCUUCAGUAUUAAUCAUAUUGUUCAAUAUGGAAGGAGGAGAAGGAGUGAAGGAGGAGACACUGCCUCCAGGUUUCAGGUUUCAUCCUUCUGAUGAAGAGCUUGUUACUUAUUAUCUCACAAACAAGAUCUCUGAUUCCAAAUUCACUGCAAGAGCAAUUGCAGAUGUGGAUCUCAACAAAUCUGAGCCAUGGGAUCUCCCAGGGAAAGCAAAAAUGGGUGAGAAAGAGUGGUAUUUCUUCAGUCUAAGAGAUCGAAAAUACCCGACCGGAGUCCGAACAAACCGUGCCACAAACGCCGGUUACUGGAAAACAACUGGCAAAGACAAGGAGAUCUUUAGUAGCAACUCAUCUGAGCUUCUAGGAAUGAAAAAGACACUAGUCUUCUACAAAGGAAGAGCCCCUAGAGGAGAGAAAACCAAUUGGGUCAUGCAUGAGUAUCGCUUACCCUCCAAAUCCCCUCUCAAACCUAACAAGGAUGAGUGGGUGGCAUGCAGAGUAUUCAUGAAGAGCUCCGGAGGGAAGAAGUAUCCAUCCGGGCAGCCAAGAACUCAUUCAUACUCACUAAACAUGGGGCCGGGCUUCGCGCCACCGCUAAAUCAAGCCGAUCUAUAUAAUUUCGGCUUCGGUGCUGGCUAUCUGAGCAACGCUGAGCUCGCGGAGCUAACAAGGUUUGCGAGAGGGACACCGGGUGUACUCCCGCCGAUACAACCUCAACUCAACUUCCCUGGUGUUGCCGCCUUCUCCGGCCUUAAUUUAAACCUCGGCGUGCCACCGGCACAACCACAGGGUUUUCGAUCAAUGCCGGCAACUGUAGGCCAAGCUCAAGGAGUUGUAGGAGAGGUGGCUCCUGCAGUGCCAUCUGAGUGCAUUCUUUCAGGCAAUGCAGGAAGCUUGAAUGGUGUUAGGUUCCAAAACAUGGAGCCAUGCAUGGACUUAUUAGAGGGUUAUUGGCCUUCCUACUGAUCUCUUUUAAGUGAUCUUCAUAUAUAGUAGUUAAUUAAUACUUAGUAAUGAUAAUAAUAAUAAUAAUAAUGAUCCUUUAGAUGGAGUUUGAUUUAGUUACUUAAUUUGUAUAAUUUCCAUCAAAAUAAUAGAUGGAGGAUAUAUAUAUAUAUAUAUAUAUAGCUUGUUUGUUUGAUGAGACUGUACGUCUGCUAAGU